AGUCUAAAAGCCCAAAUGAGCCAAAACAAAGAGAGGAAUAAUGAAGUGUUUGUGGGUAAAGCUCGGGCAGGACAUUGGCCAAUCAGGACGCAGCAGGCGCCAGUAAGGGCGGAAGUAGGAAGCGACUGCACGUGGCGGCUCUUUAACUCUGCCCUUGGGAGGAGUCAGGGGAGGGAAGAGUCGGAGGGGGCGGGAGUGGAUCCCAAUGGGGCGGUUAUGGUCCCUGAUCAGGGAAGAGAGGGGCCCUGGGAUCCGGUCACCAUGUUCCCCCCGAUACCGCUCGUGGCGUUUGUAGCGGCCGCUGCUUCUCUGCUGCUCGUCGGCUUCUUGGUCCGACACAUCGUAAAGCAAAGGCGACCCCGAGGCUUCCCCCCUGGGCCCCCAGGAAUCCCUCUGAUUGGGAACAUCCUGGCCUUGUCCUCCGACCCCCACGUCUACAUGAAGAAGCAAAGUAACAUCCACGGACAGAUCUUCAGCCUGGAUUUGGGGGGGAUUUCCACGGUGGUCCUGAAUGGAUACGACUCGGUGAAGGAAUGUCUGGUGCGGCAGAGUGAUGUCUUUGCAGAUCGCCCAUCCCUUCCACUGUUCAAGAAACUGACAAAUAUGGGAGGCCUCCUCAAUGCCAAGUACGGCCGCUGUUGGACAGAGCAUCGCAAGUUGGCCGUCAGCUGUUUCCGUAACUUCGGGUACAGCCAGAAGUCCUUUGAGAACAAGAUUUCGGAGGAGUGUCUCUUCUUCCUCGAUGCCGUCGACACCUAUAAAGGGAAAUCCUUUGACCCCAAGCACCUGGUCACCAUCGCGGUCUCCAACGUGUCCAACCUGAUCCUGUUUGGCGAGCGCUUCCGCUACGAUGACAACGAUUUCCUCCACAUGAUUGAGAUCUUCAGCGAGAACAUUGAGCUGGCCACCAGCUCCUGGGUCUUCCUCUAUAACGCCUUUCCCAUUAUUGGCCUCCUGCCUUUCGGGAAGCACCAGCAACUAUUCCGAAACGCUUCCGAGGUCUACGACUUCCUACUCCAAAUUAUCGGGCGCUUCUCAGAAAACCACAAACCGCAGUCACCCCGCCACUUCAUUGACGCCUAUAUAGAUGAGAUGGAGAGGAACGAGUCGGACCCCGACAGCACGUACUCCAUGGAGAAUCUGAUCUUCUCAGUUGGUGAACUCAUCAUUGCCGGAACUGAAACCACCACCAACGUGCUGAGAUGGGCAAUGCUUUUUAUGGCGCUUUAUCCAAACAUCCAAGGUGACCUUCAAGCUGGGAUUUCAGGUGACCUUCAAGCUGGGAUUUCAGGUGAACUUCAAGCUGGGAUUUCAGGUGACCUUCAAGCUGGGAUUUCAGGUGACCUUCAAGCUGGGAUUUCAGGUGACCUUCAAGUUGGGAUUUCAGGCCAAGUUCAGAAGGAAAUAGAUGCAGCUGUGGGACUGAACCGAAUCCCAACGUUGGAGGAGAAAUCCAAGAUGCCCUACACGGAGGCCGUGCUGCAUGAAAUCCUGCGCUUCUGCAACAUCGCCCCCUUAGGGAUCUUCCAUGCAACUUCUAGGGACACUGUGGUGCGAGGUUAUUCGAUCCCGGAGGGCACCACAGUCAUCACCAACCUGUACUCUGUGCACUUCGAUGAGAAAUAUUGGACCGACCCAGAGAUCUUUUAUCCGGAGAGGUUCCUGGACAGCGCUGGGCAGUUUACAAAGAAAGAAGCUUUUGUGCCUUUUUCUUUGGGGAGGAGACACUGCCUCGGGGAGCAACUCGCCCGCAUGGAAAUGUAUCUGUUCUUCACGUCGCUGCUUCAGCGCUUCCACCUUCAUUUCCCACAAGGCUUCGUGCCCAAUCUCAGGCCCAAACUGGGGAUGACGUUACAGCCGUACCCGUAUGUUAUCUGCGCUGAGAGACGAUGAGGGCACUGCCCGGUCUCACUGAAACCCUCUCAUUCCCACAGAUACAUUCAUCCUCCUGCUUGUAACACCAUGGACUGCGGCAGAAUGUACAGUUAGUGAGGUUUCACCAGUUCACGUGGAGCUGCCAUGCUGCAUAUUAUGACUUUUGUGGAUGCGCAGCCGGUGUAGAAAUAAGAAGACUGUCUUGAUACUUUGUAUUUCAUUCAUCAUAAGGGAACCAACUGGUUAUUUUUCUCGGAAAACCCCAGCACUUGAUAAGGCUUAAGGAAUUGGGAUCCAACUUAACUUAUAAUUCCCAAAUGUACCUUUUUAAAAGUAUUUGCUUUUUAUUAAUCGGUUCUGGGCAAUUUUUAAAAUAAAUUUUAUAGAUGUA